AUGUCCGACGUCAGGGAGGCCUCCACGACUCACAAGUCUGUGCCAGAUCCUCCUGUGCAGUCUGUGCCAGAUCCUCCUGUGCAGUCUGUGCCAGAUCCUCCUGAGCAGUCUGUGCCAGAUCCUCCUGAGCAGUCUGUGCCAGAUCCUCCUGUGCAGUCUGUGCCAGAUCCUCCUGUGCAGUCUGUGCCAGAUCCUCCUGUGCAGUCUGUGCCAGAUCCUCCUGAGCAGUCUGUGCCAGAUCCUCCUGAGCAGUCUGUGCCAGAUCCUCCUGUGCAGUCUGUGCCAGAUCCUCCUGAGCAGUCUGUGCCAGAUCCUCCUGAGCAGUCUGUGCCAGAUCCUCCUGUGCAGUCUGUGCCAGAUCCUCCUGUGCAGUCUGUGCCAGAUCCUCCUGAGCAGUCUGUGCCAGAUCCUCCUGAGCAGUCUGUGCCAGAUCCUCCUGUGCAGUCUGUGCCAGAUCCUCCUGAGCAGUCUGUGCCAGAUCCUCCUGAGCAGUCUGUGCCAGAUCCUCCUGUGCAGUCUGUGCCAGAUCCUCCUGUGCAGUCUGUGCCAGAUCCUCCUGAGCAGUCUGUGCCAGAUCCUCCUGUGCAGUCUGUGCCAGAUCCUCCUGUGCAGUCUGUGCCAGAUCCUCCUGAACAGUCUGUGCCAGAUCCUCCUGUGCAGUCUGUGCCAGAUCCUCCUGAACAGUCUGUGCCAGAUCCUCUUUCUACGCCUAUGUCUGCAACCAGCAGACAGUCAUCAGAUGACAACUUAAUUGACGUUGUCAAUUCCUCACCUGAAGUGUCUGCUCGAUCCCCUGCACCUCCAGCACAAGACACUGGACUACUCGAUCCCCUGCACCUCCAGCACAAGACACUGGACUACUCGAUCCCCUGCACCUCCAGCACAAGACACUGGACUACUCGAUCCCCUGUACCUCCAGCACAAGACACUGGACUACUCGAUCCCCUGUACCUCCAGCACAAGACACUGGACUACUCGAUCCCCUGCACCUCCAGCACAAGACACUGGACUACUCGAUCCCCUGCACCUCCAGCACAAGACACUGGACUACUCGAUCCCCUGCACCUCCAGCACAAGACACUGGACUACUCGAUCCCCUGCACCUCCAGCACAAGACACUGGACUACUCGAUCCCCUGUACCUCCAGCACAAGACACUGGACUACUCGAUCCCCUGCACCUCCAGCACAAGACACUGGACUACUCGAUCCCCUGCACCUCCAGCACAAGACACUGGACUACUCGAUCCCCUGCACCUCCAGCACAAGACACUGGACUGCUCGAUCCCCUGUACCUCCAGCACAAAACACUGGACUACUCGAUCCCCUGCACCUCCAGCACAAAACACUGGACUACUCGAUCCCCUGCACCUCCAGCACAAAACACUGGACUACUCGAUCCCCUGCACCUCCAGCACUGGACUACUCGAAGGGGAGAACUUUGA